GAAUCCACUAAUCAGGUAUUGUGGAGAAGUCUGGUCAAUCUGCAGUAAUUAGGAUACCAACCUCGUGGGUAGUGGGACGUCGUUUUUUCGUACCAUCAUUCACUUUACCUGUGAUAUUUACAUUAUUUGACACAGUUGCCUCGUCUACACUGUCUGAGUAACUCACGUAAUAUUAUGACAUUAAAAAAAAACUCCUUAUGAAAGAGUGAAAAUAUAGCUGUACUGUGGUGUCCAAAUUUGGACCCUGAUCUCUCUUGCCUGUCGGUGCUCGUACUAUGAGCGCACUCACCCGAGUCAUUGAUAUUUACCUCUUUAUAACAUUGGAACUAUAAUAUUUCUUGUCCGAAUAGUAUCAUGUAAACAUUCUGUCAAUAAUGAGCCAUCUAUGUGCACUACAAGCUCUAUUUCGUGAAAAUUGACUAUGCUCGUUCUUAGCUGCGGCUCUUCAUUUUUAUAAUCCUUGCCAUGAUAUAUACAGUUGAAGUGGUUGUUGGUAGUUGAUAAAAUAAAUGAGUACAUAUAAUAUAACAGUACAAAUAAUGUAUUAUUUUUCUUUGUUGUGGCUAACCUGUUGAGCAGACAAAUCGAAAAAAAUCAACACCCAUCAGUUUGUAGUAAACACAUUUGAACGAACACGAAGAGUAAACAAACAUGUAACAAACAAAGAUGAUUGUUCGUGAUAGUAGUGUUUUAUACUUGUGUUCAGUUUCGUAAAAUGUAAAAUGUUUUGCAACGUUUAAAUUGAAGCAAUUAAUGCUAAUUGAACAAUUAUUAUUUAGACAAAACUUAAUCCUGUUAUCAGUUACUGUUCUUAUAAGAAAGGGUUAUCAAGAAAUAGCGAAGAGAUGAAUAUCCAAGAGCAAGAUUCUAUUUACAAUAACGAGUUGAUAAGUCCAAGAAAAGGAAGUUGUGUUAAUAUCAAUUUUAGUGACAUAAGCUAUUCUGUUAAUUCGUGGACGGUUAACAGAUUUCCAUUUAGAAGAGAACGAAAGGAAAUUCUUAAAGGCAUCUCUGGUGACUUCCAAGCAUCUGAGUUAACGGGAAUUAUUGGUCCUUCAGGGUCUGGGAAAAGCUCACUGCUUGAUAUACUCUCAGGCUAUUCACUGGAAUUCUCUGGCCAAGUACUGCACAAUGGGGCUUCCAGGGAUCUACAGCAAUUCCGCAAACAGGUUGCAUACAUAAUGCAGGACUGCAGACUGCAGCCUCUCAUCACCGUCAAGGAAGCCAUGGUAUCAGCAGCACAGCUCAAGUUAGGUCGGCUCUACUCCUUCAAGCAGAAGAUGACUAUUGUGAUGGAUAUACUGGCAGCGCUCAAGUUAACACACAAGACCGAGUCCUUGACACAGACACUCUCUGGUGGAGAGAUGAAACGACUGGCUAUCGCGCUCGAGUUGGUCAACAAUCCACCUGUCAUGUUCUUUGAUGAACCUACCAGUGGGCUGGACUACCACACAGCCAAGAAGUGCUUGCAUCAGCUGAAGCAGUUGGCAGUGGCUGGGUACAACGUGGUUUGUACACUCCACCAGCCGUCAGCGUCUAUGUUUGAACAGUUGGACCAUGUGUAUGUGUUAGCUGGUGGCCGCUGCACCUACCAGGGUGGCACUAAAGGGCUUACAGCCUUCCUGGGUGAGCUGAGUCUGUCCUGUCCUGAGUAUCACAACCCUGCCGACCACGUGCUGGACGUAUCUGUGGGGGAGUAUGGCCCCUGCACUGAUCGUCUGGUGGACAAGAUCAGCAAUGGCAAGAGCAGAGACUGGCGCAGGUCUGUCCUAACAUCUGACACCGCAGAAGACACAGAGAGGUGUAACCAAAGCACCAGCGUACAGAAAACUGAUGAUGAGCAGUAUCCAGCCCCCUUCUCUGCUCAAGUCUAUGUUCUUCUGCUCAGGACGAUUGCGAAAAUCCAUCGAGACAAGUUCCUAACCUAUCUGAGAUUUUGUAUCCACUGCACUGUUGGCUCUCUGCUCGGUCUGUUCUACUACGGCAUCGGCAGUGAUGCAGCCUAUAUAUUUGAUAACUUCAGUCUUCUGUUCUUCUCCCUCAUGUUUUUAAUGUUCACAGCCUUCUCUUCCAUGAUCAUGUCAAUUCCUCUGGAGAUGCCAAUCAUCGUGAGGGAGCAUUUUAACCGCUGGUACUCCCUCAAAGCCUACUACAUGGCCACUACUAUUGCGGAAACACCAGUUCAGGUGCUGUGUACAUUAGCCUACUGCUGCAUAGUAUAUGUAGUAUCCAAGCAGCCUCCUGAACUGUUCAGGUUCGGCCUGUUUCUACUCAUGUGUACAGUGAUCACCCUGCUCACUCAAGCUGUAGGUGUACUGGUCGGCUGUUCACUCUCCAUCAAGCAUGGGGUAGUGUUUGGGCCACUUGCAAUCAUGCCUUGGGUGAUUUUUUCCGGUUUCUUCCUGCACAUAUCUGACGCUCCAUCUCCACUGCAAUGGCUUUUUCACAUCAGUUACCUAAAAUAUGGCCUAGAGGGUCUGAUGCUAGCCAUUUAUGGUUAUGAUCGUGGGAGGAUAGCUUGCUCGGACGACUAUUGCCACUUCCGUAAACCGUCCAAGUUCCUAAAAGAGAUGGACAUGAGUGAUGCGAGCUACAUCCUCGCCCUGGGAGUCGUUGUAAGCAUGUACCUCGUAAUCAAGGUGGUUACGUUCUACAUGCUCCGUUACCAACUGUCACAUCGAAGAUGAGACGAUGGUGCCAACUGCCAGUCUUUGCCUUUCACAUUUUUAAUAAUAUGUGCAAAUAAUAUGUUUCACUCCUCAAUAGUGCAAGCUAAUUCUAAUAUACUGCUUGUGCCUGUUUUCUUGCCAAUGUUAUUCGUAUUUCUAUAGCAUUAACCAAAGCGAAACAUUUAAGUGAACCAAUACCAAUGUUGUGAAAGUCUGUUGAAAAUGUCACCUAAUUAUUUCCUAAAAUUACCUUUAAAAGUCUGAAUCAUAAUUAAGAAUAGUUUUACGUGUAGUGUUUUAUUUGUGCCAGUUAUUUGUAUAUACUUUAGUUUUCAGUAAUGCGACAUUGAUACCAUGUGAUACAUUUGUGUUCAUCUUAUUGUUGUAAGUAAACUAAGCAAUUUUGUAUAAGGUUUGAAAACUUGGUCUAUAGUUCUGCCACUAAACUUUUUUCUCCAAAAUCAAGGAGGCAUUGUAGUUUAUUAUUGAAUUUUAAUCUGAUGUUCAAUGUUCUGAGUGUGGAGAAACGCUGAAUCUGUAAAAUGUUCUUUGUUCUCCAUUAUUUUCAGUUUGUGCUUUCUUCACACAAAAUUGGUUUUUAUUAUCAGUGUAUUUGUUUUUUUACAUUGAGUGUUCAUAAAUAUAAUUUUAAAUUAUUUUAGUAUGUAUUUUCCUGCCAAGAAGACCCAUUUAGCCACGUUUAUUGUUGUAUAUUAUCAGUCUUAUCUUACUGUGUUUACCAUGGUUUUUUACUUACACCAAAGAAUCUGACAAUAAGCUGUGGUGUUGUGUAAGAUUCCAUUUUUUUUAGUAAUGUGCAGUGAAUACAAUUUAUGUGUAUCACAACACUGCGGUAUGAUUUGUUUAUUUUUUUAUAUAGAUUUUAGUUAUGUGUUAGGUUAGUUACCCACCAGAGGAAAAGAUCAGAUUGUAGAUCUCAAAACAAUUUCUUGUAUCACUAACAAAAAAAGUGAGCAGUGGCAAUUGUCAAAAGAAUUUUGUUUCUUUGAACAGAAAAGUGCUAAUACAGACUUAUAACUGCUGAGGGUGGCAGAAUGUAAUUGCCAUAUACGCUUAUGGAAUCAAAAUUCAAAACGGCUCAAAAAACCAUUGAUGUUAUUUUCGAUGUUAUUGAGCCUACUUUUGGUUUAAACCACCUGUUUUUAAUAUAUUAUAUUGCAUAAUAUUUAAAAAUAUAAAAAUAUCACAUUUCAAUUACAAUAAUUUCGGCUCUUUGAUCAGUUUUUCGUAGUAAAAGUAUUGGUAACUUUAUAGCGACUACAAGGUCUCCUAAUAUCUUUAAUUUCUCUUAUUAACAAAAAAUAUGCCUCCAUCACAUUAAGAAUUUAUAUACCAGUAGUUUAAGUAUUUAUAUUUUAUAAUUUGUAUUUUUUGUAUAGAUUUAUUCCAGUUACAUCACAAGAAUUAAUUGAUAACUUUAUAGUAAUUUGCUCAUAAUUUUGCGUGUACACAUUUGUAACAAACUGAGAACUUGUCUUUCAGGCCAAGGACAUUAGACUAGUUGUGUACAAGUUAGUUAUGUUUUGCAAUGGUGUCUUGUCAUAUAAUCUGUUGCCUUUGUAUUAGAUUUGUAGAUAAGUUGUUGAUGUUUUUGUUUGCUUAUCCCAGUUUUAUGAUGCAAUGUUUGUUUUUACCUUUACCCCUAUCAGUAUGAUGAAUACUAUUUUUAUAUCAUUCAUGUAACGAGUGUAGGGAAAGAUUUUUUUUUAUCUCCAUAUUUUUAAUAAAAUAUGCAAAAACGUUCAAAUAUCAUCGUUUGUGGCGCUGUUUAUGUGUAGUUAUCAAUAAAAGUAUUUAAUUUUAUCUGAAAAUUACUAAAUUAAUUAUACAAUAUUUAUUAGGAAAUAUGAUAGCUAAAACUUAAGUGUUGAUGUUGGCACCUAUUUGUCUCAACAGCAGAUAUCAAGUUCAUUGCGGAAAAGUCCCGGUUGAUUCUGUGAGUAGAAAGGAUUAAAGCAGUACUUCCCAAAGUGUCCUGGUGCAACUCAAAGUCCUACCAGGGGAGCCGCGGUAGAGUGACAGUGUGACAAUAGACAUACAUUUCUUGUGAAAAGUUUAAAAUAUACAUUAUUUUAUUAUUACCUUUACGCUAAACUAAAUUAUAAUAUCAUAUCGAAUGAUUUAAUUAUCAUUAAUAUAGCUCCACAAAUUACAUAAAAUUUCUUUUAUAUUAAAACAAUUAAGCAUAAACAAAAGAGAUUGCUAUGUCAUCGCUUGAAUAGCGUUGUAGUGAAAGACUUGAAGGCGCACUUACCACUAUUUCUUAGAGCAUGUUGCCUUGACACUACACAUCACUUCUCAAGCCAAUAAGCACGACAUUGACUGGCAAAAAUAUGUUGCAAUAUGUAGUCUACUGAUAGUGGCAGUUCAAUAGUGAGUCGAAAAGGGAACUUCAAGCUACAUUCCAGUGAAAGCGACCAUGGUGAUUUGGACUCAUUGCGUGAUCAAUAGAGAAACAUUAGCCAAAAUUAUUAUCGGAGCAAUCAACUACGGUAAAAAAACUCAUAAAAAGUAAGAUUGUUUUUGAACAAAUGUACAAGGACAUGGGAUCUGACCACUCAUGUUUUAUUCUACAGUAGAUCUUGUUGGUUGUCUUGGUAACCCCCUUUCUAGAGUGUUUGAGCUGACACAAAAUAUAUGCUUACCUGAAGGAUAAAAACCAUGUCAUUGUUGAUAAAUUUAUUGAUAAGAACUUUCUGUCAAAGAUAGCUUUUCUCUUAAUUGUUUGAAAGGUUGAACAUAUUAAGUACGUUAUUGCAAGAAAAGAACACAAGUAUCUUAAACCUGUCAGACAAAGUGAAAGGUUUUUUAAAAGAAAGAAACUCGAUUUGUGGAAGGCUAUUAUGGCUAAAGGUAAGAUUAACACUAGAUUUUCUGCCUUGGAACAGUUUAUUGAAGAAAGAUCUUUCCAUACUGAGUAAAUUUUGAUUUUCAUCUCCCUAUCAACAAUGUCAACUCUAUAAUUUGGGUAUCAAAUCCAUUUAACAAAGAAAUGCAUCUAAACUUUGAAGAGAGUGAACAACUGGUUGAAUUCCAACCAGAUGCUUCCUUAGAGACUGAAUUAAAAACCAUUUAUUUGUGAGAGUUGUGGUGUUACGUCAAAAAAGUGAACCCACAAAUUGCCAGAAAAGCCUUGCUUGUGUUGAUACCCUUUGCUACUUUCUACCUUUUUGAAGUGGACUUCUCAGCUGUGGCAGUCAUCAAAUCAAAAUACAGACCAAACUUAAAAACUUUAAAAGAAGUGUGUGUUGUAUCGAACAUCAGUUCAAAUUUUGAUGUAUAAAGGAAAAAAUCUCAUCCUUUUGCACAUAGGCAAUUUAGCAAAUAUGUCUGAAUGGCUUUAACGAAUAUUACAAACUGUGAAAAAUUUGAGUAGAUAUAAUCUGACUAGCUUAACUGUAAUCUUUAAGAAACAAUCAUUGAAUUAUUACAACAUUUGACAUGUUAAUGCUUUGUACUUUACUUACUUCCCUCCAAAUAUUUACAUGUACUACUCCAAGUCUAACAAUAAUAUAAUAAUAGUGUUCUUUAAAAUCAGAAAUAGUACAUAGUUUUACAUAAUUAAUUAAAAACACUGUUUUUACUUGAUAUUUGUAUGAUGGUGAAUAUACAAUAGGCGUACAGGCAAAUAUUUUACCAAUAUGAACUAAUUAUUAUGUGGAUUGUAAAGUCACAAUACUUUAUUGUUAUUCUUCAUUGACUCUAUUGAGAAAAGCUGAAGGAGUGGGGUGCUGUGGAUAGUAGUACAGACGUAAAGGGAGCGUUGGGUCAAAAAUUUUGGGAAACACUGGAUUAAAAAUUACACUGUGAUGCAGUUAUUUUAUAUACAGUAAGCUGAAUCCAAUUCCUUAGCUAUCCAGUGCAUACUUUACCUCAAAGGAUUAAACCCUAUCCUGACUAAUGUUUUAGAUUAAGUUUUUAAUUUUUGCAGCUAUGAGUUAUUUAUAUAAGGAUUUUAAAUGCCUUGCUUAUAUCAUACAUAAUAGCUAGUAAUUUUCAAUUUUAACUAUAUAUUGAGAGUGCUCAUAAAAUUAAUAUUACUGAAUGAAUAGUAAUACUAAUUUUAUAAAUUACACUAAUUUCUUAUUCAGUAUCAGAAUAAAAUAUUUAUGCGAGACAUUUUUAUUAGUUGCUAUAAUAAAUUGUAGACUGUUAUGUAUUAAAAUAAAAUUUUUAAAUAGUUAUUAUCUAUUUUGUACUUUAAGAUGAUCUAGUGUUUGUGCCAUUUUUAUAAUUAUUACUGUAAAUAUGCCUAGUGUUUGCUUAUUAAAACUGGUAAACAGUCCUGAUCAGUAAUGGACAUUACUAUACAAGUAGUGGCUGUAUAGGAAUAAAAUGCUAAUUUGUUAUAGAAAAUUUCAAACAUUUAGUUUUGGUAAACUCCAAAUUGUUAUAUAAACAAAGUUAAUGAUUAAAAAAAUUGAUUUUGCAAACAUCACAAUUAACUUCACAUUAUUGUAGUAAUAGUAUACUGUAUUUUCAAACACAUGCUUGCAUUAUACAUGACUGAUAAUAAUAUAACAUAAAAUGCAAAAAUAUAAUAUAAUUUUGUGUUAUUUGUACAUAAAAAGCAAAAAUGUACAAAUAAAAAAAAAAAAGCGCUAAAAAAUGUUGCACCUAAGUUUUAUUUACAGAUUUAGUGUGCAAAAAUCUCAGUUGUUGCUAGUCAAGUCUUAAGAUGAAAUCUUGUUAAGAUUUUAUAAGUUUGAGUAUUGUAAGACAACAUAUUCUAAAGGAUAUAUGUAGUCACUUGUAAAACAUCACAUGAAGCAACAAUAAAAGAACUUUAGGAAUAAAUUAGCUUCAGACAACUGUAGUUAAACUUGGAUAGUUUAAACAUUGUUAAUUUAAAAUUUGUAUAGUCCACACUUUUCUCUCUGGCCCUGGACAUCCCUGUAUAAGUAAAAAAGUCCGCAUUAGUUGAAAAUGUAGGAUAAUUUGAGUUUUUUUAUUGGUCACUUGACCUUUGAACUAUCCAAGUUGCACUUUGUUAUGUUUCAGUCAAACUUGAAAGGUGAAACUAAAUUUAAGUCAAUCUACUGGAGAAUCUGCAGCCAUUUUUCUUCUCUUGAUAAUUAUUCUAAUCGUUUUUAAGAUUUUUGUAAAACUGUUAUGUAUAUAUUUUAAUCAUCCAAUCAAAACAUAUGUAUUAAUAACCAAACUGAAAAUAGUGAAAUAGUUUAAAUAUUUUUUUAGAAAAUCAAGACAUACUAACAUAAUUUUGUUUCUUUUACACAAAUUUAAUUUUAAAUAAUUAGAAUUUGUUUUAUGCCUACUAAACAUGUGUAAAAUGUUUUAGAUACCAGUGUUAGUAUUAGGCAUUUCUAUAUGUUUAUAAAAUUAAAAUUUUAUACUGAUAAAAGAAAUGAUGGGUUUGUUACAGCUUAGUAAAAAUAUUUUCAUAGCAUUUUUGUUACUAAUAAAAAUAAUUUCAACAACUUAUUGCAAAAUGACUUAUCAGUAGAUUUAUGUUGUUGCUGUGUUUAACCCUUUGUUCACCAGCGCUCGAGAGUCCGGUACUACCCAAAACCGACAAGGUCUAAUUGUACACUUUACGUUUCGCUCUGUUAUGCCCUAAGUUUUUAUGUAAAUCGAAUUAUUUCUCUUUUUUUGUUGCUUUUUAGAUUGGCUAUCGAUUAUCGUUAAUUAAAAAUGCAUUAUGUAUGUAACAUUUUUUAUAACUAUGUGGUAAUUACUAUAAAAUAAAGAAAUGUACAUAAAAUAAUCACUUUAGUCCCAAAAAUCUGUGCAAAAAAUGUUUAUCCGUUGGAUAUAUUUUUAAUUCAUAAAGUGGUUACAAGUUAUAUUCAGUACAAAAUUACAGAAUAUUUUUGAAAAAAAAAUUAGGUCCGUUUGUUAUUUUAACCUCCAAUCUCACGCCAUGAGCUCAGUAGCCGAUUGAACAUCUGCCCCCACUACUACAUACCUGUAUGUCACUGCCGAGUUCAAGUGUCAGUUUGGGCUGAGCUGCAGUCACUUAAAUGUGGCCACCUCUAUUGAUUCUCGUGACAAAUGUAAAUUUAAGUGUGUUAUUCGUUUCCCACAAGCAGAAGGGAAAGUGCAGCAGAAGUGGAUGGAUUUGUAUGACAAGAGAAUGGAUGGUGCUGAACCAUUUACCUACACCAUCACUCAUGUUUUCUUUUCUAUAAUAACAAGAAAAGAAUGUCCGUAAAUAUAGCAAAUUCUCUGAUGGAUUUCAGCUGCACUGUUCUCUUCUGCUUGCAGGAAACGAAUAACACUCCUAAAUUUAAAUUUGGCUACUUGAUCUUGGCAGCGACUAAUGUUGUAGUCGGGAAGUUGCACAAUCGACUACUGCACACACCACAGACCUGCCAUGUGUCUGGCCGACAUGGUGUGAGAUCAAAAGUUGAGAAACAAACAACUUCGUAGAUUGACAAGAAAUAAAUGUGAAGUAUGAAAGAAGAGUAAAAUAACUAAAAACAAACAGCUGUAUUAUUCGUGAUACCAACUGUAAAAGUGAUAAAGGUAGUCCUUAUUUCUUUCAAAACAAAACCAAACUAGUUAAAAUAAACUAAGCUUGUAAAUAAAGUUAAAAAUUAGUUUUUCCUAAAUGACUGAUCAAUUGGAUGCUGACAGUUUUAGCUUGAACGUCGCGAUCCAAAUCAAUCGGACAUUGGUGCUCAAAGGGUUAAAUCAACUGUCUGCAACAAUUCUAGAAAAUGAAAAUGACUCAAGAGAAACAACUGGAACAAUUUUUAAUUGAUGGGUUGAUUGUUCUUUAAUAAAAUUAAUCAAAUCUAAAAAUUAAAAUAUCAAAAUAAUUAGCCUUUAAAGAAGUCUUCCUCUGAAUAAUAUAAUCUUGUAUGGAAUAAUGAGUGUUUUUAGCUAUUAAAAAAAAAAAAAUAAAAUAUAUGUGAAAAAUACUUUUUGUUUUCUUCCACUUAUAAUGUAAAAUUAUUUUAAAUUUAGGAUUAACAACAAUUUUUAAGCAUAUGGUUUAGAAAGUAGCUUUUUUUAUUGAUGUGGGGUUUUUAUUACAAGUAAAAUAAAAUGAACACUUUCAAAAUAUCUAAUUUGCACAUUUGACUAUUGAAAAUCAUCUAUUGAUUCACAAUACUUUUAAAUUUAUUUUAGUAUGUUUAAAACAUGCAACAUUAUAUGAAGUGGCCAGAUGAUUGAAAAAAGCAAACAACUUUGCUUUGACAACAAGCUGUUUAAACAAAUUGCACGAAUUCUAGUAGUAAAUUGUUGUACUAACAUCUCACUGUAUGUUACAAAGUAACCAGAAAAUUGUAAUUAUGUGUUUAAUGUUGUAACAUGAGCCAUGUAUAACUACAAGAUAUGCACUCCAAGUGUGUCCAAAUUUUUCAAAAGUCUACUUGACACAAAUACUUGACAGUUGCAAUCUUAAGUAUUAGUGUUGCUUUUAUUAAAUGCUUUUCGUUUACACAGUUAAAAGAAUAUUAGUAGGUCAGUUAUGAAAAGGAAGUCUUUAUUGAUUACAAAAUGUGGUGUGAACAAAUUUUGUGUUAAACUACGUAACCACAUCAGGGAUGUUAGUUAAUUGGCUGUGCAAGUAACAUAGACAUCACAGCAUACAUUAUCACAUCUUUUACUUCCGUUCUUGUUAAGUGCCCAGUGGCGAGCGGUGGGAUGAAGAAAUGCUUCAGUAAAUUAAACAGGUUAUCUCAAAUAUUUUUGCGCAGUAUUUCAAAUAAAUAAAUCACUUGUAUUAAGGAAUAUGUUACUUAUAAAACAUAUGCAUGACGAAAUUAUAGUAGAAAUGUAUCACUACUCUCUGUACAAGUCAGAUAAUUCCAGUUGACAUCUAGUGAAACGAUCUUGGCAACAUUGAAUGGGAGUUAUGAGCACAAAGUGCUCAAGACGUGGUGGUGGGAGAAUGCACAUUAAAAUAAUUACGAGAGGAUACUAGCUUCUGUUGAUUGCCAAACAUGGCCGAGUAUGCCUGAUCUUUAGACUCUGCGUAUUUCUCUGUCUACUCCAGUUUUAAAGCUCAAUCAAUCAAUAAUAUCUUUAUUCAAGACAUACAUAAAAUGUACAUGAAUGCGUCAUUCUUAAUAAAUAAAUUCAAGGUGAUGUUAUAUUAGUUGCACAUAUAUACAAUCCUUUUAAUGUAAAUUAUUUUCAAAAUCUUAACAUAGUUGAAAAUAGGUUUAAUAUUAUUUAAAUCGUUUUUAUUACCAAAUUAUAAUUAAUUCCACUAGACUUCAGAAAUGAAAAUCAAAAUACAUGGCUCUGGGAGUAAAACUCUUCAAAGUUAUAACAUGAUAAAUCCAUCAAAAACUGUUUUAAUUUAUUUUUGAAUCUAACACUAUUGUUUUCAUUCCUGAUGCUACCUGGCAGGUUCCCCAUAAACUUGAUUCCCAUAUAAGUUGGGCUUUGCUUAAAUUUUUCUUUAUUAUGUUGUUUUAUUACAAAGUUAUUUUUGUUUCUAGUAUUAUAAUCAUGAAUAUGUAGUCGUCGUGGUAAUUUAGUCUCAUUAUUUUUUACAUAUAAUACUGUUCUAUAUAAUAUAGAGGCUGUAUACAGUCAUAAACUCGAGCUCUUUAAAAUAUAACUUACAUGACUCAUCUUUUUUGAGUUUUAGAAUCAACCUAAUUGCCUCCUUUUGUAGGCGUAAAAUUUUAUUCAGGUUUAUAGCACUUGUUGCCCCAUACACUUCAAUCCCGUAUGCGAUAUGUGAAUGAACCAUGGCAUAGUACACCGAUUUCAAGGUUUGUUUAUUACAAAAAGGUGCUAGCCUUCUUAGUGCAAAAAUUCCUGAACUUAUUUUGUUACAUAUUUUUUGUACAUGAAUGUUCCAAUUAAGUGUAUUAUCUAAAUGUAGCCCUAAAAAUUUAGUUUCUUUAUCCAGGUUUUUCAUAUUAAUUUUGUUUGAUUCAACAUUGUUGCAAGUAAACUGUAUAAAAGUAGUUUUAUUAUCAUUGAGUAGAAGAUUUCUGUUAUUUAAAUAACUUUUUAACAAUGAAACUGAUUCGUUACAUUUCUUCUUAGUUGUACCUAAUUCCAUAUCGGUAAUGCACAAGCUUAUUAACAUGUUAAUAAAGAAACAUGUUAAAUUAAUUUAAUCUUCUCUAAACAUCUGUUUCUAGUGAUAAUAUCUACUUUGAAAUGAAAAAAAACUGAUUUUCAUUUCAUUUCUAGUGAUAAUAUCUAUUUUCAGUAUUGUCACUAACAUUUUUCCGUAAGUGUCUUUUCUAUAUUUAAAUUUGAAUCAAGUACAUUUAAAAAAUAUACAGUGCAUUAAUAUUGUGGAACUGUACUUGUUACCAAUUAUUCAGUAUUAGUAUUCUAUUAAUAUCAUCCAUAAGAUGUAAUAAUGCCUACAUAAUAUUUAAACCUGUAGCCCUCGAGUUACCUUUAACAAGAACUGGCAGCCUAAUCGAUUUACCAUUUGUGGAUUUAUGAGUGAUUUAGCGUUUUAGGUGUUUCUUGUUAUAUUUUGUCCUCUUGUAGGGAUUUGCAAGUUUAAUUCCCAAAAGUUUAUGUAGUAACAUAUAAAAACCCUGAUCUGAGUCAUUUAGAUGCAUUUAUAUGAGCGCUAACGGUUAAUGGACCAAAAUAUGGUUUAAAACAAAAUCUUUUAAAACAGGCACUCCUGUAAAAGAAUCGGCACUCAAUUUAAAAUUAAACUUAAAAGGUUGUUUAUGAAACGGUUUUUAGGAGUUGAUUUUAUCAAAAUUGUUCGUGGUUAAAUCCCUUACCCACUUUUUAGUGCAGACUCCCCAGCGCCUUGUCUCCCUUUAAUUUUUAUUGACCACAAAGCCAAAAUAUCAAGCAACAUGGCUGUAUCACCUAAUAUUUUACCCACCGCACGCCACUGGAAUUACUUAAACAGUAGUGUUUUGUUCCUACAGAACACAUUGUCUACUAACCAACAAAGUGUUAAUAUUAUAAAUCUCAUAUCACCCUACUGUAACUUCUGGUAGCGAAUGAGUAACAAGAACCGUAGUUUAAGCAACAUAUGACUGAUUUAUUAAAUUAACCCAUUGGCCUAGUCUGCAGUGCUAUCAUAGACUCUGUACAAUCUUAGACUUCAUCGCACUAUUUGCCAGUAGUUCCAAUUUAUCCUGGCAGAUAAUGUGUCAAUAUAACAGUAAAAAUACCGAGGCAAUAACUUGGUUAAAUUUUUAUAUCAUAUAUGAAAUCUUAACAUUUCAAACCGAAUUAAUUACUAGUUUUAGUCCACACACCACAAAAAAGCAACUAGACCAAAAUCAUAGGUUAAACUUUCAAUCAUAGUGCCUGCCAUAUUUUACACUCAGUUAUGUAAUAUAGUCACUUUGAAGGUUGUGGAAUAUGUUUGUGUACCAUACCAAUACAUUUAAGAUUUUAUGUUUGAAAAUGGCUCCAUUUAAUUCAGUCAGUAUAGCAAUUAAUUAGUCUAGUCCAUACUUCCACCAAUGUUUGUCAUUACUGUAUGUUUAUACCAAUUUAGUAAGCAAAUAAAAUAUUUAUAUAUUAUUAUUA